AUGAAUAAUAGUAUUAUUGCGGUUGAUAUCUUGCCAAAUAAUGAUGGCAAACUGGUUAUGUAUGGAGCACCUAAUAAAGAUAUUACACAUUCAGUUUCUGGCAAACUACGUAUAAUAUUAUCGAAACCAUUAAAAACCAAAUUAAUUUCAAUUAAAUUAAAGGGGAAAUCCGAAUAUUCUGAUUGGGAAAAUCAAUAUUCUUGUAUGAAUAUAGUGAAAUUGGAUAAAGUUUUACGAGAGAAGUCCACUUUGCCAAGCGGGGUGACGGAUUUAGAUUAUGAAUUUAAUAUCAAUGGGAAUAUUCCACAAACUUACGUUACAUCAUUUGGUCUUAUAAGAUAUAAAUUAGUAGCUAUAGUACAACCAAGUUCUUUACUGGCGAAGCAGAGUCGUGUCGAAAGGUCCAUUAAUAUCGCAAGGCAUUAUUUACCAUGUAGAAGAGAACUUUUACCCGCUCCUCCUACAAAAGUUUAUCGAGGUCAAAGAAAAGACAUCUUAAAAUAUGAAUUAGAUGUUCCAACCAUCAUUUGCGUAAACGAUAAUUCUUUAUUAAUUCGAUUAAGGUUACUUCCCCUUUGCGAUCAAGGAAAAGUGAGAAAGGUCACUUUUGAUUUAAUACAAUCUGAAAAAUACAGGAUUCAACCGUCACCUCAAGAUCUUCAAGAAUUUUCAAUUGACCCCAAUCAACUUAUUGGAAAUGUUCAAUUGAGUAGUUCAUCAAUGGCAAAACGAAAGAGAUCACAUCCAAUUCAUCCAACUUCCUUAAAUAUUUCUUAUGAUGAAGAUACUUGGGACAAUCCUUUAACUUAUAAUUUACCUAUUGAACAACAUAAUUCCCGUCAUAAUAAUAAUAAUGAUGCUAAGAGAUCUAAAUUGAAAGCAACUAUAAAAAGUCCUUUAAUGCGUGUAAGGCAUAAAUUAAAGAUCACCAUGUCUUUUGAAUCCAGAGCAGAGAAGACCUUAGAAUUAGGAUUUCCAAUUAUCGUUACGACAAUACCUGAUGAUGAUACAGCAAAUCGUCUCUUCAUGUUUUCAAAUAAUGAUUUACCAACUUAUGAUGAUGUCAUCAAUCAUAUUAACGACACUUUACCUCAAGAAGAAGUUGUUUCUCGUCCAAUGACCCCAGAAUCACAUUCUCAAAAUCAUUCGAGAAGUAGUACAAGACCCACGACUCCAAACCUUUAUGAAGAUGGUAGUGGUGAUUCUCGUUCUGUUACCCCAACUCCUUCCCCUCUUACCCCCGAUUAUUUCACGAUUAAUUCAAAUACAAAUGUUUCAUCACCCUUUCCGACCUCGGUUUCGGAUCAACAUCUACCCUUACAUCCUCCUUUACAUAAAAAGAAAAGUCAGCGUUCUUUAGCCCAAGCCAUAGGAAGGUUGUUUUUACGUUCAGAAAGUAGUUCUCGUCCAACUUCUCCAUCACAAAGUGUGUCUACAACACCAACUUUAACACCAAAUUUAUCACCUACUUUAUCUUCAUAUCCGGCUAUUCCUUCCCUUCCAAAUAAUUAUCGUUCAAAGACACCUCCUCAAUUAGACUUGGCUUCACAAAAUUUUGCCUUUUCUUCUUCUUCUGUUGACACAUCACCAUCAUUGUACCAACGAUCAUCAGUUAGGAGGAGUAGGACUUUAGCUACUUCGACAAGUCUAAGGAGUGGUUUAUCAGAUGUUAAUAAUUCAAGAACAAAUCAUUUAUAUGCUCGAACCAAUAGUCCAAUAUGGCAUCUUAAUAUGCCUGAUGAGGAUGAUGUACCUGCAAUCACACCUGAGAUUCAUUCGGCUCCUUCAAGUCCACGUGAAUCUUUGAUACCAAAUGUUCCAGAAUCGUCCACUUCAAAGAAUCUUCUUCCUCCAACGUUGGAUCAUCAAAGACGUAAUAGAAGACGAGCUCAUAGAAGAUCAGCAUCAUUCGAUUCUUCUCUAGCAAAAAAUGAAAAUCAAAUUGUAUAUGGACCAACUACUCCCACAAGAUCUAAUACUGAUAAUUCUUCAAUCUCUACUUUAUUAAGGCACCCUAGUCUCAGUAAUCUUAAAGGAGUUGUAAAACGUCGUCUACAGAAAAAACCUUCUUCCGAUGAUAAUAAUGCAUCGAGCCUUGGUCUUAACGAAAUUGAUAUUAAUAUUAUAAUACCAAGUCCAACUUUGGAGUUUUAUAAUAACUCCUAA